CGGAUCAUCCGGGCAACUUCCCGAGAGUAUAAAUACCAGGCGUUAACUGCCUUAUCUCCUGUCGCAUAAACUUGGUUGACUUGAGUAUUACUGUGCUAGCAUUUUUUCUCUCGCCAAAACUACAUCAUGCCUACUCUUGGAUACUGGGCUAUUCGCGGCUUGGCACAGCCUAUUCGUCUGCUGCUGAAAUAUGCUGGAGAAGAUUUUGACGAUGUUAUGUACGAGCAGGGCGAUGCCCCUGAGUACAGCCGGGAAUGCUGGACCAAAGUGAAGUUCACCCUUGGGCUGCCGCUCCCCAAUCUGCCCUACUAUGUGGAUGGUGACAUUAAGAUCACUCAGAGUAAUGCAAUUCUACGCUACAUCGCCAGGAAGCACAACCUCUUGGGGGAAAAAGAGGAGGAGAAGGUCAAGGUCGAUGUGAUGCUUGACACAGCCAUGGACUUCAGAAAUGGAAUUGUCGGGCUAUGUUACAACCCUGAGUUUGAGAAGAAGAAGGCUGCCUACUUCGAGGCACUCCCUGCUAAGCUGGAGAUGUUCAAGUCUUUCCUUGGGGACCAACAGUUCUUCGCCGGCAGCAAGGUGACAGUGUGUGACUUUCCAAUCUAUGAACUCCUGGACCAGACGAGAAUAAUGAAGCCUGGCAGCCUAGAUGCGUUCCCCACGCUGUUAGCCUUCAUGGGCCGCAUCGAGGCUCUGCCUGCCGUGAAGACCUUCAUGAGCAGUGCCAAGUUCAUCAAGCGACCCAUCAACAACAAGAGUGCACUGUUCAAGUGAACACCGCUGUUGUUAAUGUUGUUAAUGUUGUUGUAUGUGGAAACCCGGUGAAUCAUGUCUGAGCGCUGUUAUCUGGGAGAGUCAUUCAUAUCUGUCCAUCCGCAAGGUUUGAUCUUUACGGGAGUAGGCUAUCACUACAGUUAAAUAUCAGGACAUUGUCAUUACGAUUGUGGCAGUUAUGUAAGGAUAUUAUCUCUGAACUUGUGUUAAUAUUUGAAAGAUUCUUUCGGCUUUGGAAAAGGCAGGACAUAUUGUUUGUGGUAGUUUAUUACCCAUUAUCUGGAGGAAAUUGCUAUCAAUACAGUUAAAUAUCAGGGCAUUGUCAUUACAAUUGUGGCAGUUAUGUAAGGAUAUUAUCUCUGAACUUCUGUUAAUAUUUGAAAGAUUCUUUUGAAAUUGGAAAAGCAGGACAUUUGUUUGGGGUAGUUUAUUACCCAUUAUCUGGAGGAAAUUGCUAUCAGGCUGGAAACCUGUCCAACUUCAAAAGGGGGUGUUAUUGCUAGUCAGCAUUAUGUGGAAGCAUACUCAUGUACUGAAUAUAUUUGCAUCAAGCUUUUUUCCCGGUGUUACCAUUUAUACUGAUGUAUCAAUGGGAGUUUGAUAUGUGUCGGGGGUAUUUUGUAGAACAUUAGUAGAAGUAUUAAUUUAAGAAAUAGGGUGCUGUGCCAAGGUGGUUGUAUUGUGACAAUCUGGCAACGAAAAACCAAAAACUGAUUCCCUGUUCUUGGCUGUGUGAUCCUGUGGAGGUACAACAUGGCAGCCGCUGGCAAGCAUCAGCACGCAUCUGAUCACAUUCCAUGGCUUCUGUCAUAGAUGUGCUGCAGUCCAUUAUUUAGUGUUCAUUUGUUAUCCGAGGUUCAUUUAAGUAUCGUUUACUGAAUUGUUUUAUUCAUUGUUGUAUACUCCCCGGUGUGCGAGGAAAAAAAAUCAAGUGCACACUGAUCCAGUGACUGGGGUAUAAUAAGAUCUCUCAUGGUCUUAGCGCAUUUGAGCAGUUAUUAAUUGGAAAGUGCCAUAUACAACUUCAUAAAAUGUUAUUGUCAUGCGUCUCCACAAACUAAUGUUUGUAAAAGUGAAUAGUUUUCUUUACACAGUUUUUUCCUAUUCAGCCAAGGUUUUAUCCUACUUUGUUUUUUUGUUUGCAAUGGUGCAAUUUGAUUGCUUUUAAAAUCAAGAAGUAAAUAGAGGGAAACAUUUUUAUUAAAUUGGAGGCACUUUUUUAUGUGUAUUUGAUAUUGUAUCCCUCAGCUCUGCCAAACAGACCGGGGCCAUGGGUUAUUAUCCAGGAUUCAACCCAUUUGGCACCUGUUUUCAGUUUGUUUUCCUAAUCAAGCGAGGCAUAUGUAUCCUGUUUUGUUUGUUUUGUUUGUGAUGGUGCAGACUGAUUGCUUUUAACAUUAAAAGAUAAAUAAAGGAAAUUUUUUUCUUUC